UGAGGCCACAGCAGGGGUUAGAAAAGCAGGCAGUGGCACAGAUUUUUUAGAACUCUCUCCCAGUAACCUCCCUUGGCCCACAUCUUUGGGAAAAAUAUACCCUACCAACUCCCACCAGGAGCUUUAGUAUAAACCCAGAGCCAUGUGAUACCGGGGAGAUGGCUGCCCCCAAACCUGAACAGAGCUGGUGGUGGUGUUGAGUGUGAGCCCAGCACACUAGGUCUCUACCUGAGCCUCCCAGUGCAAAUGACCACAGCCUCUAGCCCAGCCUGGUAAGGCGUGGAGGGGGCUGUUCUCAGAUAAUGACUGAGCCUUAUGGAUUUCUUCCCACCUCAUCCAUGCCAGGACCACUUGUGUAAAUAAGUCGUCUAAAAACUAUUUUUUGUGUGCACUUUCUUGUGUGAAAGAUUUAAGCAUGUACCCCCAUAUAUUAUAUUUAUUUAUAAAUUAUAGCCAUACACUACUGUCCUGAGUAUUAUGGACAUAGAAAUAUAUGCAAAUAUAGAACUUUUAAAGGGAUGAGAGGCAAAGUAAACAUGAUAAAGUUUUGUCAGUGUACUAAUGGUACAAAAUCUAUUGCACCAACAUACACUGUUUUUGAGAUAAAACCAUAUAAUCAAGUUUACAUCUCAUUUAUAAAAUGGUAAAAUAUAUGCCCCAGCAUGUGAAGGUCUGGUUCUGUGUCCUGUUUAUUUCAGUUCCUGCUUCUUGUGGUACCUGGUGUUCACAGGUAAACAUAACACACCUCACGGAGACACAGAGACUGUGCUAUGAGUCCAGUAUAUGUUUUUCAGUCCCACUUACCGAUCAUGCAAGGGCUCUUGAAUUUGGGCUGAUAAAUGUUCAUGGGCUAUCUGUCAGGGAAGCUGGAAAUCUGGUUCCCAAAGCUUUUGGUGUGCAGGUGUAGGUGUUUGUGAAAUGGUGCUCUUGGAGCAUCGUUGUCAACACAAUCACAACAUUUUCAAACAUCCAUUUUCCAUAAAAGCUCUGUUCUUGGCACAGAUUAUUUAUUUUGAAAGGACGUAACUCUCAUGCAUUGUCACCUUUCCCUUGAAGGGACUGAUUUGAGUAUGUUGGCUUGAAAGAAAUAAGCCAGGUGAUACCCUGCUGCCCUUGAAGAAGGUCUCCAGAUUUGGAACUUUUUGUGAAAGAAAAUGUAAAUUUCCUCCUUACAUUCUAAAUCACAAGAUAACCAGUGAACCUCUGUCUCAUAAAAGAUCUUCACAGGUAUUCCUGAGUCACUACAAAGUAUGGUAGUACUUUGGCUAUUUAAGAGUCUGGUUUUUGUUUUUAAUUGACUACAACCGUGAUACCUUGAAGCAUGUAAACUCCAACAUGUCUGAGAGGCUUAAAGUAAACUAGUGGUCAAGGGCCUGCCAUCAUCCCCGUGUCACAGAAUCUCUCCUCUAUCAGGGUGCCCAUGGCUGCUGACACACAGGCCAACAACGGUCCCCCCAGGUAUUAAAUGUUAGUAAAGCCACUUUUUCUCAUUUUUAAAGAAAAAUACUUAUAAGUAAAAUUUCUCACUAUUCCAUUACUUCAGCAGAUCAUCUUGCUCUCCCCACUUGGAGACCAGUAGUGGGGUUCACUGGCAGGGACCAUGCUCUAUAAAUGUGCCUGCUAGUUUCAGCCUAUUUUUGACAGUGUUUAUUGAUAUUUGGACAUUUCAUCUGUAGAAUCCAUUGAAUUAGACAUUUUCACAUAUUUAUUGUGUACCCCAUCCCCAGAAAAAAGAUCAUGUACUAGGUAAAAGAUUAAGCAAAACAAAACACCCUUGAGCAGCAUUACUGCACAUUUAGACACCCUCUCCCUCCAUGCCCCACCCCAGCUCCCUUCUUGACGUAGCAUCCAAGCCCUCAUUGGUUUCCCCUUCUAGCUUAUUCCCUGCUGUUCUGUCCCCACCACUCCGAACUUCUUGCUGUCUCCCCCACACACGCUUUCAUUUCUCUGUGAUCUAGUAAUGCCCUCCCUUUCCAACUAAUAAGAAACUUGAAACCAGUCUCCCAUGCAGCCUCCUCCUGAGAGCCUUCCCAGAGGAAGCUCUCUUACACACACACACACACACACACACACAUACACACACACACACACACACCAAAUUCGGUCUCCAGAAUCUCAUGAUGCUUUUAUUUGGCUUCAGUUUUAGCAAUUACAAUACAUGCAAACAUUCAGACUGUGAACUCCUGGGAUUUUCAUUCCCAAAUCCUUAGUACCUGGUACAAGUGCCCAUCGCACAGUGGGCACUUGGCAAAUGUUUGUUGGAUUAAUAAAUGCUUUUUUGUCUUGUGUAUCCUAAAAGGCCACAGGUUCUAUCAGCAAACGUUAAUUAAGUACCUGUCAUGCCUUCUUCAGUGUAUACACACAGACCUUUAAUACUGCUGACUGUUACUGACUCCCAUGUUGAUAAGGAAGCGCUUUCCUAGCUGAGAUGGAUCCUUACCCACCUUGGUCCUCAGGAAAAGGACCGAGUCCUGGCCAGCACCACCAGCCAGGCCAUUUCUCUCUUCCACACCUGUGGUAAAGAGGGCAGAACCAUGGUUGUCUGUUCUCUGCCUGACAUCAGGAGGUAUGCCUGUGGCUUUAUUGAGAACCCUCCUUCCCACCCAUUCAUCCCUCCAGACCUUUGCAGACUUAGGCUUCCAUGGAAGCAGAUGUACUGAGCCUGGGACAUGACAGGCACAUGUGACAUAACAGCGUAUGUGCCUUGUCCACUUCUGCUUGCUGGUCUUGAGGCUCACUCAGCAGUGACCUCUCUUGAAGCAUUAACACCAUUCUAUUCCAUAUAUGCAGAAAUAAAACUUUUUUGCAUGGGCAUAUAGAAAUUGGGAGACAUAUUUAAGCCCCUAAUGAGAAAAAAAACCCACAAAUUUAUAAAGUGGAAGUGUCUGGACUCCUCAAUAUACACUAAAGAGUGCGGCUGCACAAGGGGCCCCUGAACAACUGUGGGUGCGCAUGAACUGGCACAACCCAUAGCUCUUUAACAAAAGCUACUGGAAAAACCAUUUUUAGAGGAAUUCUAUGUGCCAUCAAGAGACUUCUCAGAAAUUAGCAGCCCACGGUAUGCACUCACUCUGGACCAGUUCAAUUGCUCACCUAACAAGCAAAUAUUGAAAUACUCAACAGCUUGUGUAAUGUUUAAUAUCUUAACAGUAGGCAAACAAGCCUUUUAGUAGGGAAAAAAAAAAGCUUUCCCUUCCCUUCCUGGCUCUGUCCCUGGAGGAUUUAAGUGAGUCUCUGCAGGGAAAGUUUUCAGACAUGCUCUUGUGGGGCGGAGGUGGCGGCUUUGCAAGUGGCCAAGUGUUUGCCUUAGAGUAGAACCUGCCUGGGCUGGUUCUGGAUCAAGGCCAUUUCCACUUCUGGGGACUUUCUGUGCCACCAGGGUCAAGUGUUUUAAGGAACUGUAGCUUCCCUUCCUCGUGUACAUUUGCUUUUGUAACCAGAAAGCUUUCUUGGUUUUGUAAUUCCGGGAAUCUCCUCCUUUAAAUUCUUUUUUACUCAAACAGAACAGAAGCAAGUAUAGCAUUUCAUGAGACUUUGGAUAAAGCCUGGCAUGUGCAAAGCACAAGCUGAGUGCUAUGGGGAGAUGGAAAUACAUAAAAUACUUACUAAAGUGGUGGGGCUCAAGGGGCAUUUUUAAAUUUUUUUUCUACUAUUAUGUUCUAGAGGCAGUAUAUAUGCAAAUUUUAUAAAGAUGUUUACUGCUUUUAGUAUACAUAGCGAUGUAGUGGUAUAGUGGUUACAAACACAGCCAGGGAGGUUCAGAUCCUGGCUCUGUGGCUUUCUUGCUGUGUGAUCCUAGGCCAGGCUUUUCCUCCUGGUUUCUUUGUCUAUAAAGGGAUAAUGAUACAAGAAGCCAGAGCUGGGUUAGGAGGCUGUGUAAACACAGAAGUAUAUACUAUAAAAGCUUCUUAUCUUUUAAUGUAGCAGGAGAGAACAAAGAGCCACCCCUGCAGUCUGGUCUCUGUUUUCCUAAAUCCGUAUUUCUUUGUUAUUGGAUCUGUUUUAAGUAACAUACUUGCGAUCUGUUUUGCUCUUUGAUUUUCUAAGUUGGUGAGGGAUGUUUUAUGUUUAUUUUUCAAAUUAUUCUCUAGCGCCCUCCAUUUGCCCAAAGGUGGCAGAGAGUCAUGCCAGGGAACCCUAGGCCCCUCCUGAUGUCCCAAGAGGCGUCAGUGCUCCUGAUCUCCAAGGUCACCCUGCCAGCCCCACCCCAGAGCCCUCUGUGCAGGGCUGCCUCCUUUCUGCCAGUCCUCCCGUAGCCCCGGAGGAAACCUGCAGCCAGGAGCCUCUCCCAGGACUCAGGUCAGUUUCCAGAUACUGCUGUACAGCCUCGUAGGAAGGUGGAGGGUCUGUCUUUCUGCCCCCCCCACCACCACCCUACUUCCUUCCAGACCUAGAGAGAUAGGGUUAAGCUUGAUGUGUCCUUCCUUGGACAGACCAGAAGACUUCUGUGAACUGUGACCUUUUUUAACAUUCCCCUCUUGAGACAGAGGAAGAAAGAUCUUCCUCUAUCUUGGCCAGGACAGAUGACCCUGGGAUGACUGGCCCCUCUUAGUCUAACCCGCUUGUAGAAACCUUUCAUAAAACACAGGCCUCCAUGGAUAUCAUUAAAUCACUGCUCUACUAUUACCUGUCUACAAUCGAUUUUUAAGACAGUAUUCCACCUUGUUAAUUUUAAAAGAAUUGGCAUAAUUUAUUACUUUGCAGCUUAAUAGCACUUUAUACUAUUUUAGCUUUAAUUUUUUCACAUUUUAACCAUGUGGUUAACUGAAAGCCAUAUUUUAAAUUAAUAAGUAACUUCUUACAGUUGUGUUGUCUACACAUGCACAAAUAUUUAUUGACUACAUUUUAAAGCAUAAUUUUUGAGUAACUAUUAUUAGACAGAUAUGGACACAUCUUUCCUUAAAAGAAAAAAAAGCAUGAGCUUACUUUGAAAAAAGGGCUUUAAUGGAAAUUAUUUUCAACUGACUGGAGCGAAAAGUGAAACUAGCCAUUUUAAAAAAACAAGCUCUCACUCCAUGCACACUGGGUUUCAAAGCAGGUCCUUCGGGUAGUACUGUUAGCUUGUGUUCUCUAAUGAAUGAUUGACUAGCCGUUUGUCUGUCUUCCGUGUGAUUGUAACGUGCUUAAUGGAUGGUGUUGGGUUAAUAUGAGCCUGAUCGUGGAGCCAAUUCAUUGAACUCAGAACUCUUCCCCAGUGAGUCAUGGAGGUUUCUUCCCACUUAAAGGACUGUGAGCUGUGAAGGGUUCCUCUCGCUCAACCUGCAUCCUCGGUGUGUGGACAGUGACCAGGAGCUUCCUGGGGCCUCCCCUCCUCUACCAAUCUUGCUGCCCACCUUAGGUCUGAGCAGCCUAGUCCACACUUCAGCCUCCAUGCCCGCAGCUUCCAGAACGUGACUACCUCCUUCUCUAGCAGUGCUGAGGGUCCCUGCAGGUGAGAGGAUGGCAGCACUCAGGCAGCUGUCACUCCUGCUCUGGAAGAACUACACUUUGCAGAAGCGGAAGGUCCUGGUGACGGCCUUGGAACUCCUCCUACCAUUGCUGUUUUCUGGGAUUCUGAUUUGGCUUCGCUUGAAGAUCCAGUCAGAGAACGUGCCCAAGGCCACCAUAUACCCCAGCCAGUCAAUCCAAGAGCUGCCCCUGUUCUUCAGCUUCCCUCCUCCAGGAGAUACCUGGGAGCUUGCCUACAUCCCGUCCCAGAGCGACGCCGUGAAGACCAUCACAGAGACAGCCAAAAGGGCAUUGGUGAUCAACAUGAGAGUUCGCGGCUUUCCCUCGGAGAAGAACUUCGAGGACUACAUCAAGUAUGACAACCGCUCCUCCAACGUGCUGGCCGCCGUGGUGUUCGAGCACACCUUCAACCACAGCAAGGACCCCCUGCCCCUGGCGGUGAAAUACCACUUACGGUUCAGUUACACGCGAAGAAAUUAUAUGUGGACCCAAACAGGCUCCUUUUUCCUGAAAGAGACAGAGGGAUGGCAUACCACUUCUCUUUUCCCACUUUUCCCAAACCCAGGACCGAGGGAACCUGCAUCCCCCGAUGGUGGAGAACCUGGGUACAUCCGAGAAGGCUUCCUGGCUGUGCAGCACGCCGUGGACAGAGCCAUCAUGCGGUACCACACAAACGCCUCCACGCACCAGCUGUUUGAGAAGCUCACCGUGAUCGCAAAGAGGUUCCCAUACCCGCCUUUCAUUUCGGACCCCUUCCUCGUGGCCAUCCAGUACCAGCUCCCCCUGCUGCUCAUGCUGAGUUUUAUUUACACCUCACUCACCAUCAUCAGGGCUGUUGUGCAGGAAAAGGAGAGGAAACUGAAGGAGUACAUGCGCAUGAUGGGGCUCAGCAGCUGGCUGCACUGGGCUGCGUGGUUCCUGCUCUUCUUCCUCCUCCUCCUCGUCGCCGUCUCCUUCAUGACCCUGCUCUUCUGUGUCAAGGUGAAGCAGGACGUGGCAGUGCUCGCACACAGCGACCCCUCCCUGGUGCUGGUCUUCCUGGUCUGCUUUGCCAUCUCCUCCAUCUCCUUCAGCUUCAUGGUCAGCACCUUCUUCAGCAAAGCCAAUAUGGCAGCAGCGGUCGGGGGCUGCCUAUACUUCUUUACAUACAUCCCCUACUUCUUCGUUGCUCCUCGAUACAACUGGAUGACUCUUAGCCAGAAGCUCUUCUCCUGUCUCCUGUCCAAUGUCGCCAUGGCAAUGGGAGCCCAGCUCAUUGGAAAAUUUGAAGCAAAAGGCACUGGUGUCCAGUGGCGAGACCUCCUGAGUCCUGUCAAUGUGGACGAUGACUUCUCCUUUGGGCAAGUGCUGGGUAUGCUGCUGUUGGACUCUGUCCUCUACAGCCUGGUGACCUGGUACGUGGAGGCCAUCCUCCCAGGGCAGUUUGGUGUGCCCCAGCCCUGGUACUUCUUCAUCAUGCCCUCAUAUUGGUGCGGGCACCCAAGAACAGUUUCGGGGAAGGAGGAAGAAGACCAUGACCCUGAGAAAGCCCUCAAGACAGAGUACUUUGAAGCUGAACCAGAGAACCUGGUAGCUGGGAUCAAGAUCAAGCACAUAUCCAAGGUGUUCAGAGUGGGAAACAAAGGCAAAGCAGCUGUCAGAGACCUGAACCUGAACCUGUAUGAGGGGCAGAUCACUGUCCUACUCGGCCACAAUGGUGCAGGAAAGACCACCACCCUCUCAAUGCUCACAGGUCUUUUCCCCCCGACCAGCGGGCGGGCGUAUAUCAACGGGUAUGAAAUUUCACAAGACAUGGUUCAAAUCCGGAGGAGCCUGGGCCUUUGCCCACAGCACGACGUCCUGUUUGACAACCUGACAGUUGCAGAGCACCUGUAUUUUUAUGCUCAGCUGAAAGGCUCGUCCCGCCAGAAGUGCCCUGAAGAGGUCAAGCAGAUGUUGCACAUCCUGAGCCUGGAGGACAAGCGGGACUCCCGCAGCAGGUUCCUGAGCGGGGGGAUGAAGCGCAAGCUGUCCAUCGGCAUCGCCCUCAUAGCGGGCUCCAAGGUGCUGAUGCUGGAUGAGCCCACCUCAGGCAUGGAUGCCGUCUCCAGAAGGGCCAUCUGGGACCUUCUUCAGCAACAGAAAAGUGACCGCACCAUCCUGCUGACCACCCAUUUCAUGGAUGAGGCCGACCUGCUCGGGGACCGCAUUGCCAUCAUGGCCAAGGGGGAGCUGCAGUGCUGUGGGUCUUCACUGUUUCUCAAACAGAAAUAUGGUGCAGGCUACCACAUGACGCUAGUGAAGGAGCCUCACUGCAACCCAGAGGGCAUCUCCCGGCUGGUCCACCACCACGUCCCCAACGCCUCCCUGGAGAGCAGUGCAGGAGCAGAGCUGUCAUUCAUUCUUCCCAAGGAGAGCACACACAGGUUUGAAAGUCUUUUUGCUAAACUGGAGAAGAAGCAGAAGGAGCUGGGCAUUGCCAGCUUUGGAGCCUCUGUCACCACCAUGGAGGAAGUCUUCUUACGGGUUGGUAAGCUGGUAGACACCAGCAUGGACAUCCAGGCCAUCCAGCUGCCUGCCCUGCAGUACCAGCAUGAGAGGCGGGCAAGCGACUGGGCAGUGGACGGCAACCUGUGCGGGGUGAUGGACCCAACUGAUGGCAUCGGUGCCCUGAUUGAGGAAGAGUGCACUGCCAUCAAACUCAACACAGGGCUCACCCUCUACUGCCAGCAGUUUUGGGCCAUGUUCCUGAAGAAGGCCGCGUACAGCUGGCGGGAAUGGAAGAUGGUAGCGGCCCAGGUCCUGGUCCCUGUGAUGUGCAUUACCCUGGCCCUCCUGUCCAUCAACUACUCCUCCGAGAUCUUUGACGACCCCAUCUUGAAGCUGACCUUGGCCGAUUAUGGCAGAACCGUUGUGCCCUUCUCAGUUCCUGGGACCUCUCAGCUGGACCAGCAGCUGUCUGAGCAUUUGAAGGACAUGCUGCAGGCUGAUGGCCAGGAGCCUCGUGAAGUGUUGGGUGACCUGGAGGAGUUCCUGAUUUUCAGGGCCUCAGUGGAGGGAGGAGGCUUCAAUGAGCGGUGCCUGGUCGCAGCAUCCUUCAGAGAUGUCGGCGAGCAGACAGUCAUCACCGCCCUUUUCAACAACCAGGCAUACCACUCCCCAGCCACUGCGCUAGCCAUUGUGGACAACCUCCUGUUCAAGCUGCUGUGUGGCCCUCGGGCCUCCAUUACAGUCUCCAACUACCCCCAGCCCCGGAGCGCUCUGCAGGCCGCCAAGGACCAGUUCAAUGAGGGCCGGAAGGGAUUUCAUAUCGCCCUCAACUUACUCUUCGCCAUGGCAUUCUUGGCCAGCACGUUUUCCAUCCUGGCAGUCAGUGAGAGGGCUGUCCAGGCCAAGCAUGUCCAGUUUGUGAGUGGAGUCCACGUGGCCACUUUCUGGCUCUCAGCUCUGCUGUGGGACCUCAUCUCCUUCCUCAUCCCCACUCUGCUGCUGCUGGUGGUGUUCAGAGCCUUUGACGUGCAUGCCUUCACACGGGACGGCCAUGUGGCCGACACCCUGCUGCUGCUCAUGCUCUACGGCUGGGCGAUCAUACCCCUCAUGUAUCUGAUGAACUUCUUUUUCUCGGGGGCAGCCACUGCCUACACAAGGCUGACCAUAUUCAACAUCCUGUCAGGCAUCGCCACCUUCCUCAUGGUCACCAUCAUGCGCAUCCCAGCGGUAAAAUUAGAAGAACUUUCUAGAACUCUGGACCGCAUAUUCCUGGUGCUGCCCAAUCACUGUCUGGGGAUGGCGGUCAGCAGCUUCUAUGAGAACUAUGAGACCAGGAGGUACUGUACCUCCUCGGAGAUGGCCGCCCACUACUGCAGGAAAUACAACAUCCAGUACCAGGAGAACUUCUAUGCAUGGAGUGCCCCGGGGGUCGGCAGGUUCGUGACCUCCAUGGCUGCCUCAGGGUUUGCCUACCUCACCCUGCUCUUCCUCAUUGAGACCGACCUGCUGUGGAGGCUGAAAACCUGCAUCUGUGCCUUCCGGAGGAGGCGGGAGCUGAUGGAAGUGUAUACCCGGCCAUCAGCACUUCCUGAGGACCAGGAUGUGGCAGAUGAGAGAAACCGAAUCCUGGCCCCCAGCCUGGACUCCCCACUGGACACACCUCUGGUCAUCAAGGAGCUCUGCAAGGUAUAUGAGCAGCGGACUCCCCUCUUUGCCGUGGACAAGAUCUCCCUUGCCGUCCAGAAAGGGGAGUGCUUUGGGCUGCUGGGUUUCAACGGAGCUGGGAAAACCACCACUUUCAAAAUGCUGACUGGGGAGGAGACCAUCACUUCUGGGGACGCCUUUGUUGGGGGCUACAGCAUCAGUUCAGACAUCGGGAAGGUGCGACAGCGGAUUGGCUACUGCCCCCAGUUUGAUGCCCUGCUGGACCACAUGACAGGUCGGGAGACGCUGGUCAUGUACGCCCGGCUUCGGGGCAUCCCCGAGCGUCACAUCAGUGCCUGUGUGGAGAACACACUUCGGGGCCUGCUCCUGGAACCGCAUGCCAACAAGCUGGUCAGGACUUACAGCGGUGGCAACAAGCGGAAACUGAGCACUGGCAUUGCCCUCCUUGGAGAGCCUGUGGUCAUCUUCCUGGAUGAACCAUCCACUGGCAUGGACCCCGUGGCCCGGCGCCUGCUCUGGGACACUGUGGCGAGAGCACGUGAAUCUGGCAAGGCCAUUGUCAUCACCUCCCAUAGCAUGGAGGAAUGUGAGGCCUUGUGCACCCGGCUGGCCAUCAUGGUGCAGGGUCAGUUUAAGUGCCUGGGCAGCCCACAGCACCUCAAGAGCAAGUUUGGCAGCGGCUACUCCCUGCGGGCCAAGGUCAGGAGCGACGGGCAGCAGGAGGCGCUGCAGGAGUUCAAGGCAUUUGUGGACCUUCCCUUCCCAGGCAGUGUCCUGGAAGAUGAGCACCAAGGGAUGGUCCAUUACCACCUGCCUGGCAAUGACCUCAGUUGGGCAAAGGUCUUUGGUAUCCUGGAGAAGGCCAAGGAGAAGUAUGGAGUGGACGACUACUCUGUGAGCCAGAUCUCACUGGAGCAAGUCUUCCUGAGCUUUGCCCACCUGCAGCCACCCGCCGACGAUGAGGGGCCAUGAGGAGCCUGGUAGAGGUGGGAUGAGGGGGAGCACAGGUGGACAUCCUCUCCCUCCGAGUUCAUCUUAUCCUGCACCUUUAUUUCUAAUCACUGUUUUCUAUGAUGGACAUGAAAAUCAAGGCACAAUAUGGACUGGGUGUAUCGGUGCCUUCACGCCAGGAAUCAGCAUGCGAACAUCCGCAUCUAAGGUGGUUGCCGAACCCCACUCCCAGAAGUCAAGAUCCCAGCCAAGAGCGGGUCCAGCAGUUUGUGUAGGCAAGCUGCAGGGCCUUUGGAGAGAGCUUGUCAGGAAGGGGCCACAGCUGACCCUGGGGGUGAAUUUCCCUAUGAGCUCAGGAGAGCACUCAGUGACAUCUCCAUGUUCACACAUGGCACAGAGCUUCUCUGGGUGUGAAAUGGGAAACCGGCUGGACAGUUGGCAGCAGGGCUCGCCAGGCUGCCCAGAAUGGACAGAAAGGUCGUCUGUCACUAUCCAUGAGGGAGAUGCCAGCUGUGAUUAGGCACUGAGAUCUUGGCAUCCAGUAUAGCCAGGGGCAUCUUGAGAGUCCAUGUUCCUGAGAGUGUCGAUACUACGCUGGGCAGAGCUGACCCUUUGGCACCAUCCCACCAGCAUCUUCCAGAGUCAGCCAAUGCAGGGAGGGAAGGCAAUCCUCCAUUCCAGACCCUGGCCUUCUGAGAAGACACCAGCCAGGAGACCAGCCAGGGACUGAGCAGCCAUCUAUGGAGGGUGCACCGAACACAUGGUGACUCAGUGUCCAGAAAAUAAAGGCUGGAAGGGAACAUGA